AUUGUUGUCAAUAACUACCGUACACAAUAUGGCGCCUUACAGCGAAGCCGAAACUUUAGAAGAUUCACAAGUAUUUUCUAGUUAAACUUUGACAGCAAUGUGAAAUAUAACCAUGUAUUCAAGUGACUGCUAAAGAACGUAUUCAAACAUGGAUGAAAGACAUUGGUGGAUUGCCACCAAAAUUCAAGAGUCUUUCCACAUUGGAGGAUUCAAUGACAACCCGACACUGCUGGAAGAUUUUCUGUGCGAGCCUCGGACCCUGGAACUCAUCAAUCAAUUUCUGGGACAGGGAGGUCUGAAUAAACUUUUCUUUUACUCGGAUCGCCCUCAAACUUCAGCUCUUCAGCCCAGUGGCUUGCAAAGCACCAGGCAAUUGCAUGUUGUUGAUUCGCUCGCAAAUCUUAAUGAUGUCAACAUUGAGGAAACCACAUGUCUGUAUUUUCUGCGGCAUUCUGUCGAGAAAGAAGUGGAUCCAGUUCGCAUGGAGAAGGAUAUUUUCUGUGGGGAGCUCAGACACAGUGUUUUGGACAACCUGAACACUUUACUGUCUGACAUCUUCCUUCCUCUUCUGAAGGCUCAGAAAGACUGGGGCUUGUGCAGUGAAGAAAAUAAGAAUCAAUGCCUCAACAAUCUGGAACGUUAUGCUGCUGCUCUCAGCGAGACCGUCAACGUUCCUUCAUCUGCGAGGCAGCAGGUACUGAGAAGACCAGAUAACAUCGUGAGCCAGGAGUUCAGCAAGCAUCGUACGACAUCGUAUGAUCAGGGUAUCGUCAGUGAGUACGAGGCCCUAGUCACUGAGUGGAUCUCAACCAUCGACAAUGCCUUGGCUGAUGGGGGAGAUGAGAGGUUCAUGGACCCUACCUCUGGGCCUCUUAACGAGCUGGAACGAUGGAGGCGUCGUCAGCGCAUGCUGUCCAGUAUCAUAGAGCAGCUCAAGGGUAAGGAGUGUAAGACUGUUAUUGGUGUCCUCAUCACAUCCAAGUCUAAGAUCAUCAAGAAAUGGAAAGCCAUUGAUGCAAGCAUCACGGACGCAGCCAAUGAGACGAAAGACAAGGUGAAGUACCUUGAGGCCCUACGGAGGCACUUUGAGCUUCUCUACCAUGGAGCUACCCCUCUAUCCAUCGUGAGUGGAGCCCUACCAGGUCUGAUGAGCAGCGUCAAGCAGAUGGAUUCUAUCUCAAGGUUCUACGCCAGGAAGGGCUACCUUGGACUCCUCUUCACCAAGGUCACCAACCAGCUGGUGAACUCAUGCAAGGAGUUCCUUCUCUCGGAGACCCAGGGACCGGGCCAAGAAGACCUUCUCUGGCCCAAGUUCUACAGUGAGAUUGAGACCAGGAUCUUGAGUACAGACCCACAGGGCAAGACCAGGGCUGUCAAGAAACGAGGCAAGGAAGUCAUGCCUGCAGACGAUACACUCCUUGGAAGGAUGAAGGCUUGCAUCACUCUCUAUAACACAUACAAGGACAUGGUACGAAGCCUACGGGACGGACUAGGAGGGGCCCAUAACCUGACCCAUUUCCCCUCUAUCAGCUCCCUAGGUGCCCCCUCCUCAAGGCUACAGAGGGGUGUGCUUUCUAGGGCGGGGCUCAGCCAUGGCAAGUCCUCCAAGACACCCUCUGUUGCAGGUGACUCUGAGCAGGGUCAUGGAGUGGCCUUCAAUGAUGAGGAAUCCAUCUUUGGUCACCUGGACUCCUUCUGCGCCCGCAUCCGGCAGGUCAUUGAUGCCGUCUACACCUUGGUCCAGUACGGCAAGCUGGCCAAGAAUGCAGAAGGUCUUCCGCGCCCUCGUAAGGAGGACCUACUGCUGGAGGACGAUGCCUCUGAUGAGCUCAUGGAGCUGGCUGGACCUGGAGGUAGUGUGGCCAGUGACUCCCUUGACAUUCCCAAAUCUGUGAGUCCCACCAAGACAGCCACCAUGACACACGCAGGAGUGCUGGAAGGCAUCGUGGAGGAGGAAGAAGGGGUGAGCACCAGGGCUGACAGUCCUAAUGAUGAUCCCUCCAUGAGUGAGGCCUUGUCCAACGCAGAUGAGAUCAAUGAAAUGAACAGCAAUGGUACUGGAUUGACGGCCCAGAAUGCUGCCCUCCUGCGUAAGCUGUACAAGGUCGAUGACGUGAAUGAUGAUGGUCCAAGCGUCAUGUCGAUCGUCGUUGAUCACAUGCAGACGAUGAAGAAGCUCCUGGAGAGUAACAUCACCACGGCGAUCAUGCUAGAUGUCGAAGGUCGGGAGAAGGACAAGUUCAAUGAGGCGUACGAGGAGUUCUUGACGACCGUACAGCAGAUUGAGCUGUACCUCAGUGCGUACCUACAGGCUGUGUUUGUGAGGAAGAUGAAGACUCACGAGGGCCUCGAUGUUCUCACUAGGUUUCUUCCAGUGAUGCAUCGUUACGGAAUGAAGCGUACGGUCUCUGAGAAGUACAUUGAUAUCUUCAAGUGGUACGAGACAGAUCUGGAAGAAGUCAAAGAACUCUACGAGAAGAACAAGGAGGAUCCACCGAUGGUACGCAAUGCACCUCCCGUCUCUGGUGCCGUCCACUGGUCCCGGCAGCUCCUGGAGCGCAUCGAGGAACCCAUGAAGGUGUUCAGAGAGAAUCGAGCCGUGGUCCACCUACGGGAAUUCGCCCGCAUCGUCAAGUUCUACAACAGGGUCGCUACGGCUCUAGUGACCUUUGAAAGUCUUUGGCUUCAGCAGUGGAAGGGGUGUAUUGAACAAGCCAAGUUGGGACUGAGGGCCACGCUGCUUGUAGUGCAUCCCAAUACUGGAGAGGUGGUCGUCAAUGCUGAUGACAGAGUGCUGCAGCUAGUUCAAGAAUGUCGUUGGAUGAAGAGACUGGAUAUCGAGAUCCCAGAGUCUGCCCUAGCUGUAGCCAAACAGGAGCAACGCUUCAAGAGCUACAUGAACCAUCUUGAACUGUGUCUGAAGGAGUUCAAAGACAUCUGCUACAAGAUCAGGGAACCGGUCCAUGGCUUGUUCCAGACCCAUACUCGAGCCGUCAUGGUGGCCUUGCAGCCUGGGCUCUCUUCACUGGCCUGGAACUCUAUGAAUAUCGAUGCCUUCCUACAUCAAGUACAUACAGCCAAUGCGAAGCUGAGGAGCAUUGUUGAUCAGGUCAACCAUGUGAUCGAUACCAAGAUUGAUUCCAAACUCAAGAAGAUAUCAGAACUCUUCCUGUUUGAUGUGGAGAAGUCUUUUGAAAGAUCAUGGCCCCCUGAUGUCUUCACCGAGGUCAUGCUAGACAGCAUCGGGGAUCAGAGUGAGAUCCUCUUUGCCUACGUCAAUGAUAUCAAGAGCGCUUGCCAUGAACUCCUUAACAUACUACUUGGACAGGGCAAGCAGCCCUCUAUUACCGGUACCAAGAGCCUCUCUGCUAGCUCCAAGCAGCGUCUGUCAGCUACUAAGCAUCUCCAGGCCUUCCCGUCCCCUCGGUCAGAGGCAGGAGUGACUGAUGUCACAGCUGAUGAUGUCCUGGUAGCAGAGCUUCUCUUCCAUCCUCUCUGCCAUCUGUCGUUCUCUGAUCACCCUUGCCGAGGCAGCCGGCUGUGA